AUGCCUAGGAAGAAGUCGGCGGCGAAGAAAGCCAAGGAGCAAUUGUUAAAGCAAUCAGACAUUGAAGGCAACGUAACUGUUGAAAGCAAUGCAACGGUUGAUACAAGGGAAAACACACAACCAUUUGACAAUGAGCCACAAGCAGAAUUCGAUUCAGAAUCAUCUUCUUCAGAAAACGAGGAAGAAGAUGAAUACGGAGAUUUAAUCACAGAUGAAGUAGAGCAAGGUAUUAACCAGGUUUUGUCAAAAAUUAGAUCAGACCCUAAAUCACUACUUGAUCCAAACUUGAAAUUUUUCAAAGACCCCGACUCAGAUGAAGUGCUUGUCAAGAAACAAGGAGAGAAACCUAUGUAUUUAAAAGACUACCAUCGUCAAAAUUUGAUUGACGGCUCUUACAAGGAAUUCGACGAAAACGAAACAGUUGAUGGCGUGAAGUCGUUCGCAACUGAGCAAAGAGAAGAGAGGGACAAAUUGUUGAAGGAUAUAAACAGUGCUUUCAAUGAAGAAGGCGAAGACGAUGGGUUUUUGAAAAAGAAAGACAGGAGCGAAAAAGAGGAGGAGAACAUUCAGAGCCUACCUGAUCCCGAAAAGGAUCAAAGUGCUUUCCUCUCGGCUUUCUUGGACCGAAAAGCAUGGAUACCUAAAAAGGGGGACAAAGUCAUUGACCUUGAUCAAAUAGAUAGAAACGAUGAAGAAGAUUUUGAUGAUGCAGUGGAAGAUUUUGAGCAUGCUUAUAAUUUUAGAUUUGAGGAUGCCAAUUCGACGGAGAUCAUUUCAUACGCAAGAAAUCAAGCCACUUUGCGAAGGUCCAAGACCAACUCACGUAAAAGAGCAAGGGAAAAAGCCAAUGAAGAAAAGAGAAAGGAAGAAGAACAUAAGGCUGCAUUGUUAAAGAAAAAGAAAACUGCAAAAUUAAACAAGUUGGUUGAUCGUUUAUCAAAGAUUAAGGAAGCGGUUGGGAAUGAGGUGAGUGACGAGGUUAUUCAAAAAGUAUUUGGAGAUUCACUAUUGAAUGACGAUUUUGACGAUGCUGAUUGGGAUAACAAAAUGGCAGAAAUUUUCAAUGAGCAAUACUAUGGAGCUGAAGUUGAAAAGCCAACUUGGGAUGACGAUUUGAUGGAGGGCAUGGGUGAAGAUUUCGGUGAGGGGGAUAACGCCGACAAUAUUGAUCUCGAGGGGGAACCACCGAAGAAGAAAGCAAAAAAGGAAAAAUUAAAGGAGAAGAAGUCAUCGAAGAAAGAAAAAGAGUCGUUACGAGCCAAAGCGCAAGAAAUUAUAGAAUCGAAUACUCUUAAAUUGAAAGAGGAAGUUGAGGAGGAGAACGAGGAGCGUGGUCGCAAGAAGGAUGCGGGUGAAUUGAAAUUCAAGUAUCGAGAAGUUUCACCUGAAUCGUUCGGGUUGUCCACGAGAGAAAUAUUACUUGCUGACGACAAGCAGUUGAAUAAUUUUAUUGGUAUCAAAAAAUUUGCUCCAUAUCGUCCAAAGGAACUACGUCUCAAGGAUAAACGUAAAUACGCAAAGAAGAAACAUUUACAAGAGUGGAAAAAAGAAGCUUUCAAGAACCUACAUAUCCCAGAAGAAGCAAAAGAUGACGAAGUUUGGAUUCCUGUUGGUGAUGCGGCUAUACCAAAAUCAUUUAAGCGCGGUCACAAAUCUAAAUAG